GCGAGAGGUGAGAUGCCAGAGCUUCGAGAUGAUGGUCGACAGACAAAGGAUAUAACACCUCUUGACAGACCGAUGGUCUUGACACUACCAUUUCCCACACACGCUCUCGCAGUGCUUUGCAUAGCCCCUAUUCAUCAUGCAUCUUUCCAACCUUUUGUCAACCAGCCUUGUGCUGCUGGCCUCCGCUUUGACCAGCAAGGCACAGUCCUGCAACCUCCCUUCCACCUACCGCUGGUCAUCGACCGGACCACUCGCCACUCCCAAGAACGGCUGGGCCUCUCUCAAGGACUUCACAACCGUCCAGUACAAUGGCAAGAAGCUCGUGUACGGCUCCACAGCCAGCUCUGGCGGAAAAUACGGCUCUAUGAACUUCGGUUUGGUCAACAACUGGUCCGACCUCGCCUCUGCCAGCCAAAACGCACAAUCUUUCAAUGCCGUUGCACCCACCCUUUUUUACUUCAAGCCGAAGAACAUCUGGAUCCUGGCGUACCAAUGGGGUCCUACAACCUUCACCUACCGCACCUCGGCUGACCCUUCUAACGUCAACAGUUGGGGCGCCGCACAGCCUCUGUUCAGUGGCAAGAUCACCGGCUCGGACACCGGCGCCAUCGACCAAACCGUCAUCGGCGACGCAAAUAACAUGUACCUUUUCUUCGCCGGCGACAAUGGCAAGAUCUACCGUGCCAGCAUGCCCAUCGGCAAGUUCCCCGGCGACUUCGGUACCGCGAGCACCGUCGUCAUGACGGAUAGCAAGAACAACCUCUUCGAGGCGGUGCAGGUGUACACGCUUGCCAACCAGCCCUCGCCCAAGUAUCUCAUGCUCGUCGAAGCUAUUGGUGCGAAUGGAAGAUACUUUCGCAGCUUUACGGCAUCGAAGUUGGAUGGCACCUGGACUCCCCAGGCUGCUUCUGAGCAGAAUCCGUUUGCAGGCAAAGCGAACAGUGGUGCUACUUGGACCAACGAUAUCAGUCACGGAGACUUGUACAGGGCGAACCCUGAUCAAACGUUCACUGUUGAUCCCUGCAACCUGCAGCUGUUGUACCAGGGUCGUGAUCCGAAGAAUGUCCCGAGUGAUUACAACUUGUUGCCCUACCGCCCUGGUGUUUUGACACUGCAGCGAUAA